CAAUCGGCUGCCAAGUUGAACAGGUCAUUGUACCGGGAACUGAGGGAGAUAAAGGGCUAGACACAGAGCAGGGGAGACAUAUUUCUUCAGCCUUUUCCAGAGACUUCAGAGGCAUUUCAAUAGCCUACUUACUGAACAAGAUGACAGUCGCAGCUGUAACUUUGGUGUUGACACUGGCACUCGGGGCUUCAGGUGUCCCAGUGCUGCCUUUCGAUGUGGCCCCUCUGGCCGACAAGGCAAUCCAGAUGUCCCUGGACCAGGUCAACAUGCAGUAUGGCAGAGAACACCUUUUCAGAAUCACCAAGGGCUCUCUCAAGAAGAUGGUUCCCAUUGGGAUGAACUCACAGGACCUGAUCAUGAAUUUCGGCGUGCGUGAGACAGACUGUCUGAAGAGUUCUGGUUCAGAUCCUCUCAACUGCAACUUCCGUAGAGGCUUCUUUGUGUCGGAGGCCUCCUGCUAUUCGCGUGUCCGCAUGUCAGCUGACAGUGCCGAGAUCAUCAGCCUCAGGUGCAGCAGAGCAGAGAGCUCCAGCUCAGAGUCUGGAAGCAGUGAGGAGAUUCGGGGAGGAUCAUGGGUCUACAAUCCAUUUGCUCCAAGAGCACCCGUCCAAACAGCUGCCCCCCUCACCAGAGGCAAUGACAUCGGACUUGAGAGGGCACCAUUCCGCGGCGAUGCCUUCAACAACCAUCUGGAAUAGUCCAGAAAAUUAAGUCAGAGCAUCAGUUGGAUUAUUGGAUGAAGCAUGGAAGCCACCGUCACAUCACGUAGCGUAAUGCCUGUUUCCACUGAGGGUAUACUUCUUAGUAAACCACAGUACUUAUAUGUACUGCAUAUACUGCACAAGUCCACACAUCCUUAUAUGUAAUGACACACUGGUACUGUAACCGCACAGACAAAAUGUAAUUUCUUCAGUCUUCUUUUCUUAAAUAAAAACUAUAAAACCA